CUUCUCACAGCUGACUGACGGACAGAGAAGGAGGAAAAGCGCACAGCAGCCUGACGGGAGAAAGGGACAGGAGGGCAGUCCGUGGAGGACAGUGCACGGAUCUAACAGAACCACGACCGGCGGGAUUGGAUCUCGGGAGUCUGAGCAUCGUCACCCUGCCGCGACGCCGCCCUCUCUCUCUGCUCGAGCCGAGGUGCGUGCGGCGCGCCUCCGGUGGCGCAUUCGCGCGUUCGUGUGGAGUGUCCGCGGUGCGCCGUACGCCGUGCCCGAUGCCGAGCGAUGGAGGCGGCGAGGCGGCGCUGCGCCAGUGCGAGCUCCUCCAGAACAUGAUCGACAUCUCGCUGUCCAGCCUGCAGGGCCUCCGCACCAAGUGCGCCGCCAGCAACGACCUCACGCAGCAUGAGAUCCGCACGCUGGAGGUGAAGCUCAUGAAGUACAUCUGCAAGCAGCUGCAGUGCAAGCUGAAGGUUCCAGAGACCGAGCGACCGCAGGCACUGGACACGUACCCACGCCUGGGGGACUGGCUACGCACCGUCAGCCUGAGAUCCGAGCUCAUAGAGGUGCUGCCUGUGAAGUUGUCGUUGGAUGCCUUGUUGCAGAUGCCCGGUGCUCAGGUGCGAGAGACUAUGAGGAGCCUGGGAGCCACUGCGGAGGAGUGCGUUCGGCUCUGCACCGCCCUCACCUGCUUAAAGAGUGCCACCGAAUCAGGAGGGUGUAGUGAGGACGGUGGCUGCUGGUUUUCUGCGCCCACUCGACGGGACAGCGGCGGUCUCACCCCAGCAGACCAGAUCCCUUUACUUGGAAGUCUAACACGACCUCAUAGCCCCUCCCCACUUGCCCGGCCUCCUACCACGCCCACUACACCCACUGUGCCCAGCACACCCCUCGUCCCAUGCCUUCACUCGCGGCACCUUCCAGCCAACCCCGAGGCCCACAUCUACCACGGCUACGCAGAGAGCUUGACAGACCCCAGUCCAUACUACUCGUCCUGGCCUGUCCGUGUUUAUGGACACUCCUCCACCCCACCCAUAACUCCGCCCUCAAAGCGAAGGCACCGCAUUAAGCCACCCUGCACACCACCACCACCAUCACGCAAGGUUCUCCACGUCCUGCCCAACAUCACCCUGACACGCAGCAAGAGCCAUGAGAGCCAACUGGGUCACCGUAUCGAGGACACACCCACCAGCAAGUGUGGGAAGAAAAAUAAGCUGAUCCUCAACGUCCAGAUUAACGGUAACGCUUGUGACGAUUUGCCCUCUCGCUCCCCGCUGCUUUCCACCCGUACACACGGUGCUGUGCCCGGUACUGAUCCUUACACCCUGCCAGGGACACCAACGCUGCUGGAGGAACAUGGAGGCCUGAGGAAUAACAUCACGGUCCAUCGCAGCUCUCCGCAGGCAGUGAGGAGAGACAUCGGGCUGGCUGUCACUCACAGGUUCUCCACCAAGUCGUGGCUCUCGCAGACGUGUCAAGUGUGCCAGAAGAACAUGAUCUUCGGCGUGAAAUGCAAACACUGUAGGUUAAAGUGUCACAAUAAAUGCACGAAAGAGGCUCCUCCAUGUCGGAUAUCGUUCCUCCCCAUCACAAAGAUCCGGAGGACGGAGUCCGUGCCGUCGGACAUCAACAACCCCGUGGAUCGGCCGGCCAAGGCGCCGCAGUUUGGCACGUUACCAAAGGCAAUAACUAAGAAGGAUCAUCCUCCUGUGCUGAAUCAGCUGGACUCCAGCAGUAACCCGUCGUCCACUACGUCCUCCACGCCAUCAUCUCCUGCCCCGUUCCAGCAGAGUAACCCCCCUAGUGCCACCCCGCCCCCAAAUCCUUCACCCAAAAAUCACCGUGACAACCGCUUUAACUUUCCAGCUGCCUUCUACUUUCAGCAUAGACAGCAGUUUAUCUUCCCCGAUGUGUCCAGUUCCAACACGCUUCACCCAGAAGGUCUACGAGACACAGUGACUGAGACGGAACCAUCAGAGGAGGACGUUCACGCCGAGGAGGCUGAGCACGAAGACCGAGAGGAGGAAGAGGAGGAUGAGGAGGAACAAGACGAUGCGAGCGCAGAGGAGGACGACAUGAAGGAGGAGGCUGAGGAGGAGGAAGAGGAGGAGGAGGAAGAUGAAGAAGAGGAGGUGAGCUUUGAAGAGUCAAACGGAGGCUCGGAUGGUGAAGGAGACGAUGAUGAGCUGGACGAUCUGCCCAGUGCGAGAGGACGUGGACCCUGGAAGGGUCCUGUCUCACGCAAGGCCAGUCAGACCAGCGUCUACCUGCAGGAGUGGGACAUUCCUUUUGAGCAGCUCGACCUGGGCGAGCUGAUCGGAAAGGGCCGUUGGGGACGGGUACACCGGGGCCGCUGGCACGGCGAGGUGGCCAUCCGCCUGCUCGAGAUCGAUGGCAACAAUCAGGACCACCUCAAACUUUUCAAGAAGGAGGUGAUGAACUACAGACAGACGCGCCACGAGAACGUGGUGCUGUUCAUGGGGGCCUGCAUGGCACCGCCACACCUCGCCAUCAUCACCAGCUUCUGCAAAGGCCGGACGUUGUACUCUGUUGUGAGGGACAUGAAGAACACGCUAGACAUUAACAAGACGAGACAGAUUGCCCAGGAGAUCGUGAAGGGAAUGGGUUACCUGCAUGCGAAAGGCAUCGUUCACAAGGACCUAAAAUCGAAGAACGUCUUUCAUGACACCAAUAAAGUGGUAAUUGCUGACUUUGGUCUUUUUGGGAUCUCAGGAGUGGUUCAGGAGGGAAGGCGAGAGAACGAGCUGAAACUUCCCCACGGUUGGAUUUGUUAUCUGGCUCCGGAGAUUGUGCGUAAGAUGAGCCCCGGCAACAAUGAGGAUCGCUUGCCCUUUUCCAAUGCAGCUGACGUGUACGCGUUUGGCACUAUUUGGUACGAGCUGCAAGCGAGGGACUGGCCCAUCACCAACCAGCCAGCAGAGGCCACCAUCUGGCAGGUGGGCAGCGGAGAGGGCAUCAAGAACGUGCUGGCAGAGAUCAGCCUGGGCAAAGAAGUCACGGAGAUCCUGUCAGCCUGCUGGGCUUACGACCUGCGCGAGAGGCCCACGUUCACGCAGCUGGCCGACCUGCUGGAGAAGCUGCCCAAGCUCAACCGCAGGCUCUCGCACCCUGGACACUUCUGGAAAUCUGCAGAAAACUACACUAACGUCUGACGUCAUUUUGUGAUUAAUUAACGUCCCUUUUCCCUUCUUCUGUUUUGCCUGUUAACAUCCUAACCUCUUGCUUUUCUCUCUUCUGUCUGACUUUCCUCUUCACCGGCCUUUAGGUUGUAGCCGAAACACUAAAGCAAUGAAAACUAAAAGCCCCGGAUCGGCCUUGCAUGCAUCCUGAACUAAAGAACUGGUGAACUCUGAGCAGAAUCGUGACCUGCUCCUGCUCCUGCUCCUGCUCCUGCUCCCGACGUUCCACCGUGUGAUCUUCCGCCUUUGCUUGCUGUCCUCGGAGUGGAGUGCGCUUUGGCAAUGCACGGAUACCGAGCGACUCUCGUCUCCACCCGUUUCUUUGGAGUGAUGCUCUAUCAGCCUCUUUCUUCACUCUCUCCUCUCAGCGUCUUGGCCGAAUUUGGUCCCGUGAGAUGUAGCGUUUGCCCGGUGGAAUUUUUCCUCCCUCUCGUGGCAACCUGUCCUUCCUGCUGUCCUUUUUUUUUUGUGUGUGUGUGUUAGGAAACAUCUUGACUUCUUCUCCCUUGUGACUGAAUGCACCGCACCCUUUUCCUCCUUCUUCCUACACUUAUUUUUAUUGGGGGAUCUCCUUCGACGACGUGCACUAUCGCUUCUCGUACACAGACUCACCGGUUCACGCUCUUUCUGCACAGAAUGACUGUAUAAGCUGUCACACACUUCAGUGUCCUGGUGCCUGAUGACUCAUCAACACCAAACGACUUUUAAAGAAACAGGGCGGCCAAAGAUAGACCUUUUUAAUCACUCUUACUCAGAAUGUAGCCCAUCGACAUAAACACGUUGGCGCUGGCGCUAGUUAGGAAAGCAAAUAAUCUCUAUUAUGUCGUCGUGUGGACUGCUUUGCAUAAAUCUGACUUCUCACCUCAGGAGAUAUUGCUAGCUAAGAGAAAGUUAUAACGUACAAAUUUUUAUUACCGUUCGAUUCACAAUCAUCUAAUGAACGAUAACACAAAAGUUGACGCGUUAAGAUUAAAAUUAGUAACACAAGCGGGCGACUUGUGUGAACCUUACAGCGAUAUGUUCGGAAUAUGAUUAUGUAUUUAGCAGAGCUGAAGAAGUUGCUAAGUCACAGAGGAGAAAGAUCGUUGCAGAGUUUCAUGCAAAAGAGUAAAACAGUCGCUAGAUAUGCUAGAAGUUACGUAGUAAUGACUGUAUGACCGUAGCUGCUCCAUCUCUAAAAAGAAAAACCAAAAAAAAAAACGUUUAAUUAGCCGUAAACGACCUUGUUUUAAAAUCAAACGUGCUAAAAUAAUGCUACGAGUAAAGUCAGUUAGUAAAAUCAUACAGUUAAUUAAUGAUAGAAAGAAAGGACAUGAUUUUUCUUUCUGUAUAAGGUUUUCUAUAGCUAACCAGCUACAUUAACAGUUCAGAUGAGCUAAUCAUUAAUAUUGAUAUAUAUUAAAACAUACAGCAUAUAAAACCAUGCCAACGUCUCGUGUUGGCUAGCUAAAUGUUUUGUUAGCGAUGCUGCUAUUGCUGUUUAUAACAGCCAGACUAGACAUCCAGACAGAAAUCUUUUCUUGAUACAAAGAUAAAAAAAUAUAUAUAUAUUCUUAUAUAAGUCAUUUAAUUUUAUUUUAAUAAAGCUUAUGUUCAGUACAAAAGGCUAAGCCUACAGUAGCUAGCUACAUUAGGAGCCACUUCAAAUGCUUAAUUCUAGUUGUUAAAAUAGUAAAAGUAUAAAUUGGCUAUGAUUUUAGCUAUGCUAACAACUAGCGUAGGUUAUAACUUCUCUAAACACUACAACGCUAUUCAUAGAAUUGACCUUUAGAUAGAUUGACAGAUACCAUUGUCGCAUAUAGACUAUAAAAAAGUUUCAGAUAUCUUUUUAAGGUAAAUAUAUUUAAAUCGAAUGUUUUGAUCGUAUCUGUUUGAAAAGGAAAACGUUUUACCGAAUGCUGAAGUAAAGCUAGCUAGUUUCAUUAGAUGUUACCUCGUUAAAAAUAGACUUAAACUCGCUUAAUGACUUGUUCAGCUGCUAAAAUAGUUUACAUCAGUUUAUACGUACGUAAGCAUGCUGUGAGCAUACUAGUAGGAAAUGUUAGUUACUUGUAAUGCUAGCAAUGAAUAAUCUACGGGUGGUAAGAAAAGGUUUUAAACCAGCUAGAUGCAUUAAAAGCUACACUCGGAUGUAUUCGGUAAAAUAGUGAAACUAAUUGCAAACUACGUUUUGGUUCAACAAGUAGCGAACAAGCUAACAAGCUAGCUGUUAGCUUUGCUAGCGCCACUGUUGCUGCCGAGUAUCAAGAUCAGCGAUUUUUUAUUUAUUUAUUUUUUUUUUUAAUCGUGCCAUUUUCAAGAUGCUGACCUUGCUUGUUAGCAAUAUUAGCUGCAUAGCUUUCGGUGAAAUGAUAACAAUCAAGACUUGACACACCAGAUUUGUCUUUGUUGACUAGCUACAUUUAGAAUAGGAAGGAAAUAAAAGGGUGUAAAUGUGUAUUUUUGGCUGAACUGUUUGUUUAAAAGUAACAAGGGGACUAAGAGGAAAAUAAGAAAUGCCAGACGAAGCUAUGCCGGUUGGCGCGAACAGAGCCGUGGCCUUCGAGUCAGGGCAAUAAAGUGAAGUGUUUUUGCUUCUGUAUUCUCGAGUGUGACAUUGAGCCAAAGAGAAGCUCUGCUGUUGUUUUAUUUUUCUGUUUUAUUUCUUUCUAUUUUUAUUUCCUCCUCAUGUAGCGUAACAUGUUCAAUAGUCAUAGGAAGCAGUGACACGGCCAUGUUUCAUCGAGCUAGUGACCGUUACCUCUUGUAGUGUGUGUGUGUGUGUGUGUGUGUGUGUGUGUGUGUGUGUGUGUGUGUGUGUUUGUGUGUGCGCGUGUCAGAAAUAAUAUGAAGUAAGAAUAAAAGCCUAGAGUGUAUUGUACUAUGGAAAAUACUGAUGACUUGUAAGAUAUACGUGUAUUAAAAAUGUAUUUAUUGUACAGCGAAUGAACCUGAUUCUUUUCAUAUUUAUAUGGACGUUUUAUAAAUAUUAAUAUAUACUGUACUACAUUUUGGAAUAUGUAUUGCUCCCCUGUUCCAGAUGUAUAUAUGUCUAUAUUUUUUCAUGUAAAAAAAAAUGCUGUAAAAUAGUUGUACAUUCUGGUUUUGUUUUGUUUUUUCCCUUCUUCUUUUUUUUUAUUUUUUAUUAUUAGAAUGGGUCGAUACAUGUUCUGUCAUGUACAAAUACAUAUUUUUGUAUUGCAUGUGGCUAUUAUUCUGUAUAUGAUCCACUUUUUCUUUUCUGUUUUCCUCCUUGAGAAACAAUAAAGCUGUGCUCGCA